UUCAUGUCUACUUGAUGAAACUACUUUUCUACCAAGGAGAAUAAAAGGUGACUUGCAAAGUAUGGCUGGCCACAACAUCUCCAGGAAUUCCUCUUGCAAUCCGACAAUGACACCCCACUUAACCAGGCUCUACUUCGUAGUGCUCAUUGGAGGGCUGGUGGGUGUCAUCUCCAUUCUGUUCCUGCUGGUGAAAAUGAACACCCGCUCUGUGACCACCACCGCGGUCGUUAACUUGGUGGUGGUCCACAGUGUUUUUCUGCUGACGGUGCCUUUCCGCUUGAUCUACCUCAUCAAGGAGACUUGGACGUUUGGGCUGCCCUUCUGCAAAUUCGUGAGUUCCAUGCUGCACAUCCACAUGUACCUCACCUUCCUUUUCUAUGUGGUGAUCCUGGUCACCAGGUACCUCAUCUUCUUCAAGUGCAAGGACAAAGUGGAAUUCUACAGAAAGCUGCAUGCUGUGGCUGCCAGCACCGGCAUGUGGGUGCUGGUGAUUGUCAUUGUGGUGCCUCUGGUUGCUUCCCAGUAUGGAACUCAGGAAGAGUACAACGAGCAGCACUGUUUUAAAUUCCACAAAGAACUUUCUCACGUGUACGUGCAAGUCAUCAACUAUAUGAUAGUCGCGAUUGUCAUAGCCAUUGCGGUGAUUCUCCUGGUCUUCCAGGUCUUCAUCAUUGUGUCGAUGGUGCGGAAGCUAGGCCACUCCUUACUAUCUCACCAAGAGUUCUGGGCUCAACUGAAAAACCUAUUUUUUAUAGGGAUCAUCCUUUUUUGUUUCCUCCCCUACCAGUUCUUUAGGAUCUAUUAUUUACAAGUUUUGGAACGUGCCAAUGACUGUAAAAGCAAUGUUGCAUUUUAUAAUGAAAUCCUCUUGAGUGUAACAGCAAUCAGCUGUUGUGACUUGCUCCUGUUUGUUUUGGGGGGAAGCCGUUGGUUUAAGCAAAAGAUAAUUGACCUAUGGAAUUGCAUUUUGUGCCGUUAG